GUCGUCAAAAGUGCAUUUUAGAGAGAUUGGUCCAAAAGAAGGGUAAUUGGCCACAUCGAUGAAGGCUUAUUUCGGUUGUUUAAAAGAUAAAAGUAGUUAACAUUAUUAGAAUGCGACAUGAGUGUCGAUUUUACCCAAGAAGAGUGUCAAACGACGGCAAUUUUCUUGAAAGAAUUCACGACUCAGUACCCGACCCCGAGUGAUGAGAGCCUACUUUUACCACACCGAGUUACACCUACGUGCGUUAGAAAUGAAGAAUUAAAUGGUUGUCUGAUUGAAUGGGCGCUUGAAUGUCUACGGAAGUGCAACUGUCCAGAUGUUCUUGCAGCCAUUAUUACUCAUAAAGCAACCAAGGAAAUAAUAGAUAGUGAYCUUUCUUGCUACAAAGCUGAAGACAGUGAAGAAUUAGACAUGUCAAAAGCAGCAAGAGAUGUAUUCAGCAAUAUCCAAACACUCUGCACUGARUGGAGUCAGGAGACCCCUAAGCUGUCAAAGUUGAAGCGAUCCUAUGUGUCUUGUGUACAUGCCAUUAAAAAUACUAGAAGAAAGAUGGAGGACAAACAUGUCAUAUUGCCUCAUUUUAAUAGCUUAUUUGGUUUGAAUAAGGGAUAUCCUGAUUUAGCUUUCUUUGCUGUGUAUGAUGGACAUGGUGGUACUGAUGCAGCUAUCUACUCAUCUACACAUUUACACUGUUUCUUGGCCAACAAUAAAAACCUUUCUGUAGAUCCUGGACUCGCUCUUCAUGAGGCAUUCCUUAUCACUGACGAGACGUUUGGAGUGAAAGCAAAAGCUGAGGGAUUAAGAAGUGGCUGUACAGCUGUUGUUUCUCUAAUAUCAAGUGAUAAAAUGUACAUAGGAUGGUUAGGAGACUCACAGGUUGUUCUUUGUAAAGCUGGAGCAGCUGUGUCAUUGAUGGAACCACAUAAACCAGAAAAUAAGGAAGAAAGAGAGAGGAUUGAGGCACUUGGUGGCUGUGUAGUGUAUUUUGGUGCUUGGAGAGUUAAUGGUAGUCUAUCUGUAUCGAGAGCGAUUGGUGAUKUUGAACAUAAGCCAUACAUUUCUGGUGAUCCUUUCAUAGCAGAAUAUACUUUGGAAGGUGACGAAGAAUUCAUAGUGUUAGCGUGUGAUGGUUUAUGGGAUACUGUUGGCAGAGAUCAAGCAAUAGAGCUUGUUAGAAAUCACAUUGCUCAAGGGAAUUCCAGAGAUACUGCUGCAAAGCUUCUUGUCAAUUCUGCAAAAGAUGCAGGUUCCAGUGACAAUAUUUCUGUUGUAAUUGUUUAUCUUGAUACUCACAUUUCAAGUAUGCCAAGUGACAAUAUUGCUUUAACUAAUCAAGACGAAAUUAAGGCAAAUGGCAUCAUUAAGACAGAUGCAAACAUGGACAAUAAAAAGGAGGGUAGUACCUGUGUGCACAUAAUGGAAAGGCAGGUUGAAAAUCAUGAUUCAAUAAUUGCUAAAGUACAAAUUCCUACUGAAACUACAAAGACUUCAACCAGUGUAACUUGUAAAGUAACUAGUGAGAAGCAUGACUCCUACAAGAAUGGUGACAAUUCUUGUGAGAAUACUCCAGARAGGACUUCAAAAUCAGCUGAUAAUAGCCCCAAACAGUCCAGAAAAGGCAAAUCAACUAAAUCCAAAGGAUCAACACAGUCUAAGAAAAGCUCCAAAGGUAAAUCUUCUAAUCAACUUGGAGUUGCUCAGGAUACUACCUCAAGAAGAAAGUCAGCUCCAGCAGGCUUUACGUCAUCAUCGUAGAAACAUUGUGCAUCAACUCAUUUAACAGUUUAUAAUUUAGAUGAAUGACUAUUUCCAGUUCAAAGGAGAUUACUGCAGUCUAUUGUACAUCUGUGGUUAUCUGCUCUGAAUUUGAAAAAGUAAAGACAAUUUAGGUAUAUUCAAAGAGGUGAAAGUUGCAUUGAAGUGUAUGCUAUACCCUUAGUUCAUAGGUAUCACAAAUGGCAUCAAAUAUUUCAACCUUAUUGGAACUUCAAAAUGUCAAAAUUCUGUGUGAAUCUCUUAAAGGUAGUAUAACCACAAUAUAUUAAGAAUAUCAUCUUCUUAUCAAAAUCUUUGCGAAAAUGGUGUAUGCAUCAUUCCGUGAUUUUUUCCCCAGAUUAAUUUCCAUUGUUACCAAGAAUGAAAGCAAUAUAAUUGAGUAAUGAAUUAUUAUAUGUUCAGAGUGUUAUAAUUGAACAUGCAUGGGUGUGUUCAGUUUUAUAAUGCAAACACCUUUAUGUAAGGUUAUAGGUUUUCUUCAUAUCCAUGCUCAYACAUUAUACUCAAAAAUCAAAUAUAUAUUCCUGUAAUUUUUUUUAUCAAAGGCUGCACUAUCUAACAUCAUUCUAAUAAGUAACCAAACUGAAUUUAGCCACCUUGUUUGGUGUUGAAWUAUAUCAAGAACCACCAUAUACCUUAUGUUUUGCAAUGUUUGAAGCGAUUUUACCAUCCAUGAAAAGGAUAGAAAAGGAUCAUUGGUUCUGUCAUGACAAUAUGAGAUUACUAGUGCAAAGCUGUAGUUAAUAGCCCUGGUAAUAGCCUCUAUGAUCCUUUUCUGUCUCAGUUUAGAUUUUAGGCUUCAAAUAUUUGAAUUUAGCAAACCACAACAGAUUUGUGCGAAACUGGUUCUAAUCAAAAAAGAAAGUAUUGUACAUUAAUGAGCAAAAUUAUUAUAUAUUUUUUCGAUAUUUUUUUAAAUGAUUCAAAAUGAUAAAUAUAUCUGGGCAUAUGAAAGAUAAUAUAUUAUAUUUGUACUUAAGACAGGAAAAUUAUAAUUUCUGUACUAUUAUAACAUUGAUUUCAAUAAACUGUGAAAAAGUU